GGCGCAUCCCACAACUCAUCUCUAGACUUUACACACUCACUCGACGCACACACGUCUCGCUCCGCCACAAUGUCGUCUGCAAAGUCCCAAUCUACCCAGCUCCAGUCCUCCCUCUCGACCCUCGUGUCAAACUACAAGUCGAGCGUGCCCGCGCGCGUCAAGCUCAUCGACGCCUUCCUCCUCUUCCUCAUGGUCUCGGGCAUUGCCCAGUUCGGAUACCGCCUCGUCGUCACGAGCCACCCUUACAAUGCGUUUGUUGGCGGCUUCGGCUCCACCGUCGGCCAGUUCUGCCUCCUCGCCGGACUGAGGGCACAGAUUGCCCCAGGCCGCGACCAGGAGUUCAAGGAGGUCUCGCAGGAGCGCGCGUUCGCCGACUUUGCCGCCGCAUCAGUCGCGCUGCACCUCUUUGCGUUCAACUUCCUUGGUUAGAGGUCGAAGCGACGAGUCGGAUCAAGAGAAAAGAGCAUGUUGCAUAGUAGACCUUUCACGCGCCUGCGUCCCCACAAACCUCGUGGCCGCAGUGGCCCUUAGACCUUUGGAUGAUACCCGCCAUUGCAUGGAUGUACAAGACGUGACAAAGU